AACAGACAAUUUUUUAUUUUGAAAAAUCAAUUGUUUCCCUCCUACACAGUAACGACAAUCCCGUCAAUGGGAAGAUCCCCAGGAUCGCCAUCACUCUCCCUAGGGUUUAUCGUCGUCGUUUCCUCUGAAAUUUAGGUUUUUUUUUUGCUGUUGUUAUUGUUCCCUAAUCAGAAUGAAGCUGGGCCAGAAAUUAAAGAAGCCUUGUUCAUCAGCAAAGCUGAUUCUGCAAGAGAUCAUCGGGUUGACCACAAAGAACGCCAAUGGUUUGGCGUCGGUGUCCUGCAGCUCGAAAUGUGUCUACUUGGCCGGAUGUGUCGUGGUGGUCUACGAUGUCGACUCUUGCAGUCAAUCUCACCUUGUCGUAUCUCACCGGAUGCCUAAGCCUUUGAGCUGUGUGGCGGUUUCGCAGAAUGGGCGGUUCGUAGCUGCUGGAGAGUCUCUGAAUCUCUCUGCGGUCUUGAUAUGGGACUGUGAGACCUUGGGACUUGUCUCGGAGCUGAAAAGCCACCUUUAUGGAGCUCAGUGCCUUUCCUUUUCACCAAAUGGGGAAUAUCUGGUGAGUGUUGGAGGAUAUAUCUAUCUUUGGGACUGGCGCAAAAGCAUCUUACUGGCGAAAGUCAAAGCGAGUUCUAGUUGCUCUGAGAUUACGUCUGUGGCAUUCUCAUCCAAUGGAAAGCUCAUUGUUACUUCCGGGAACAAGCAUUUGAAGUUCUGGACCGUUGGUUCUUUCCAGAGGACACGUUCAAGCAAAGUAGGAUCUCUGGCAUUUCAUGGAAAGCCAACUGAUAAUGGUUUUCAGAAAGGAAACUCCUUUGUGUCAGUGAUAUCUGCCAAAAGAGUGAAUUCUAGUGGAAGUGACGAACGUCCAGAAGAGGUUAUGUCGAUAUACGCUCUUACAGACGCAGGUGUUCUGCUGCUCAUGAGUUUUGGGAUGUUAAUCAAGAAGUCGGUGGAUCUGAAGGUUGAAAAGUGUUUUGCUCUAUCUGCAUCCAGUCGAUUGAUAGCCUGCGCUUGCAGCAAGGGAGCAAUCCAACUAUUUACUCCUGAAACUUUAGAAUAUGCUGGUGCAAUACAAUUUUCAGAUGCUAGAAAGAGCGACAAUGAAAAUCAUUCACAUUCAGAAGAACUCAAAAAUAUAGAGUCUCAGCCUGUUAUCUUUCCGGACGCAGUUGCUUGCCAGUUCUCGACCACAGAUAAGCUCGUUGUCAUCUAUGGGGAUCGUAGUCUCUAUGUUUGGGAUGUGAAUGAUGUGAACAAGCCUACCAGGUGCUCUAUGAUGAUAUCACAUUCUGCCGGAAUUUGGGAUAUAAAAAAUCUCUCUUGUGGAAAUAUGCACAGUCCAACAGCUGCAUGUGUUGCUAGGGGAUGCUGUGAAGGGGUUUCCUUCUCUACAUGUUCUGAAGAUGGAACCAUAAGGUUGUGGGAUCUUGCUCUCCAACAGGACUCGUUAGAAGCCAAUGCAAGCAGCAAUUCCUCAGAAUCUGAAACACAAGGGACUAUGCAUUUAGCUAGUGCUGGAAUUUUUGAACGUGAACACGUUGAGACAUGUGGUACCACAUUCGGUUUCCGAGCACUGGCAGUAAGUGAAGAUGGAAAGUACUUAGCGGCUGGUGACUGUGGAGGGAACCUUCAUAUAUAUGAUCUCCAAGAAUCAGUAUAUACAUGCCUUACGGAUGCUCAUGAUGCAGAAAUUCAGUCAUUGAGCUUCAGCUUUCCCGGACUGAAAGAUGUUGAUCCUGAAAAUGCCUUAAGCAGCUAUUUCUUGCUAGCAUCUGGAGGAAAGAGCCGAGAGAUCCACGUUUAUGAUGUCAAAAGGAACUUUGAUCCCGUUGGUGGUUUUUGUGGUCCAGCUGCUGUAAAAUCUGUUAAAUUCGCAUGUAAUGGCCGGAAAAUUUUAACUUCUGGUGUAGAUAGGUUGCAGUUGUAUGAUGUCGUCAGAAAAGCAAGUAGUGUACGUAUCUCACCUUCUCAGCCUCAAACUCUCUCACAUGGAACCAUCUAUGAUAUGGCUGUAGAUCCAACAUCAGGACUUGUUGUCACAGUGGGACAGGAUAAGAAGGUAAACAUAUUCGACAUAGAAAGUGGAAAGCUUAUCAGAUCAUUCAAGCAAGACAGAGACCAUGGAGAUCCCAUAAAGGUUAUUUUGGACCCAAGCUGCAGCUACUUGGCAUGCUCCUACUCUGACAGGACAAUCUGCCUUUUGGAUUUUGUCACAGGAGAGUUGGUUGCUCAGGCCACAGGACACGGUGAAGCUGUGACUGGUGUUAUUUUCCUUCCUGAUUGCAAACAUAUUAUUUCCGUUUCAGGUGACGGCUGUAUUUUUGUUUGGAAACUGCCUUUGCGAAUGGUUACUCGUAUGACACGGGCAGUAAACGAAAAUGGUAGAUUAGCUCCUGUAACUGUGGCCCAACCCGCAAACUUUUUGCAAAUUGUGGGUUAUUUGGAGGAAGACAAUCCAAAUGAUGAAUCAUGUUAUGCAAAAUAUAAGCUAGUAGAAGAGAACGCAGAUCAGAUUCAGCAACGCUCUCCAUGGACAUCUUCAUUUAAGUUCAGCGUUUCUCGGCUUCCAAAGUGGGCUCAAGAUAAAGUGGAAACAUAUGGUAUUUCUACCACUUGUGAGGAUUCCAUUUCAAACCAGAAACAUGAAGAUAAAAUUAUGGUGAAUGCUGUUGACAACACUGAAGAAUGCUCUUCUUUGAAUCUUGAAUGCCAAACUCCAAAACAAGGUUCAAGAACUGAAAAGUCAUGCCUUGGAAGCCUGUCCAAAAGUUCCAGUGACACUGAAACUUCAGUGCUUCAAGGAGAUGAUACUUGCAUCAGCCAUAGGAAGGAAACACGCUGGAACACUAUCUACAACGUGUGUUUGGAUCUUCUAAAUUCUCCAAACAUCCAAACAUCUUUUGUUAAACAGCAGAAACCAGAAAGUUUCUGCACCAAACGUUCUGCCGAGCAGGGGGACAUGCUCAAGGAGUUUGAUAACAGUUUGUCAAUGAUAGACGAGGUGGAGGCCGAAAAAUCAUCGCAGCAAAGAAGAUACUCUACCCAAUUUGUUCUUAGAAGGGACUACAUUGGUGGAACCAAACAAUUUCUACGUACACCUUCCCAGAAAUCAGGGUACAAGACUUUGAGGUCGAUCCAAGAACAUCUCCCUCUUGAUACAGUGAAUGAUCAAUCUUCACAGAGUUCAGAAGAACAUCCUGAACAGGACAAGACCUCUUCAGAAGUAUUCCAUGAUACACUUGCAGACGACUCACUUCAAGAAAGAAUAUCUUCUUGCCGUCAAGCAUUGCACGGGUUGCAAGAUGCUGCGGCGGUUUUUAUCCAGUCGAUGUCGGAACUAUCUAGAGCUUCUCCUCGAGAUCGAAUCUCAGGUGAACUCAGAGGCCAGUUGUUCGAUGAAGCAGCUUCGAAGAUCCCAGAAAUGUCUCAUAGAGUUAAUGAAGUUGUUGCCAAAAUGAUGCUUGACCACAAAAAUAGAACACAAGUGAUGGAUAAUCUGUCUCCGAUUAGUUCAAAUCAGUAGUAGACAAGACAUUGUGUAUACUUAAAACACUGUACAGAUAUUUCAUCUUACAAAUUGAAUAAUAUAUAGAUCGUUUGUCGCACUUGCUAUUUUGUUAACAUUGACGGCUUUGAUUUUCAAAGUUAUCUCACAUUCCAAGGCUUUA